AUGGCUCUCACUGAGAAUCCAUCGCUGGCCAACCAGUCGUCACCGACCAAGAAGAUCAAGUGUCUGCGGUGCAAAAAGGAUGACUUUAAGUCGGCAAAAGGGCUCGCAAGGCAUCAGGAUGCCCUAGGACAUCAUCCUGUUGUUUGUCCAAUAUGUAACAAAGAAUUUGGCACCGAAAAAGGUCGGAAUGAUCAUAAGAAAUCACACGAACGGCGCCCUAAACCGAGGAACAAAAGCACAGUGGCCCCCAUGCCAGGCUCUGCUACACAGCAUGAACCAGAGCAAGUCAAUCAACAGAUGCAGCGGCAGCAACAGAAAACCCAGCUGUCUGUUGCCCAAGAGGUAGAACACCUAGCUUUUGCAUUCUCCCAGCUAAGCGGCACCACGCUGUACGGUCAAUCAGAAACCAUUGGACUUGUUGGUGGCUCUCUCAAUGAAGUGCGGCUAUACUUUAAUGGCAAUUUCUUCAUGACUCUCUCUGCAGCAGAGCAAGAACUUGUAUAUGCAAAUCUUCUUACGCGAUGCCACUCUGAUGCCCGUCUGCUGAAACAAGGCUAUACUAUGCAAAACUGGAACGGGGCUUACAAUACGAGGAAAGCAACAGUUCCAAGGUACCGUUUUAAGGAAACGCCGAAACCGAACCUGCAUCAAAAGAGAAGAGCCGUCGUCAUCGAUUGUGAGAUGGUUCAGGUCAAGAGGUGGAGAAGAGAAGUUGCCUUUCUCAGCGCCGUGGACUUCCUAACCGGGGAAGUGCUCAUUAACCACUAUGUCCAGCCGACGGAUAAGGUGACCGACUGGACCACUAGGGUCAGCGGCAUAACACCGGCUGCGAUGGCCGAGGCUGUAGCAAAUGGGCAGGCACUUAAUGGAUGGCAAUCUGCCCGACAGGCACUAUUCAACUACGUUGAUGCGCAAACCGUCCUCAUUGGGCACGCCCUCAACUCUGACCUCGAUGUCCUGGGCAUAUACCACUCGAGAGUUGUUGAUUCUGUGAUAGUAGCUAGUGAAGCUGUGUUUGGUAUAUUGUCAGUAUUUAGUCGCCUCUAUAGCCUAAAGACUCUGUCGGAGGAGUUCCUCAACCUACAGAUUCAACCCGAGAACCAUCCCCAUGUUUGUUUGGAGGACACUCUCGCGACACGAGAUGUGGUACUAUCAUUUCUGCGGGAUCCUGAAGGCCUAAUAACUUGGGCCAGAAUGGCUAAGGCCAAACAUGAAGCGGAGCAAGCGGAGCGCGAGGCUAAGAGACGUCAGAAGAGACAACAGCAAGAAGCUGCGAAUCAAUCACACGGACCUCCUGCAAAUGCGCCGCAGUCCCUGGUAUUCCAGGGCUUUUGCGAUAUCGAUGUGUACGGUGGGUACUACGAUGACUCUGAAACACUUCGGUGGUCAAACACCGCAGAGGCGUGCGGAUGGCCCGAUCCUGAUACAGGCUCUGAUCCUUGGUCUGACUGA